CAAUCUGAGAUCACAGCUGCCUGGAAAGCUACAGUAUUUGGAAAUUUAUGCUUGACAGAGAAACUGCUCGUCCAUUUGUGUUUUGAUUUGCGUAAGCGUACGAUGACACGUUUUCCAGUAAUGUUUGCUAUUUCUUCAUCUCUGAGCUGAUAUGGGGAAGGUCGGUCAGAGCUGAAAUUACUUACUGACCGCUGACCGCAUCCCGACUCACAGCAUUAGAAAUACUGUGCGUAAAAUAACAUCUAUUAUGGUGCCAGUGGGAAUGUUGAAGUCUAUUGGAUGGAUUUUCUUGAUUUGGUUGUGCGGCGAACAGAGCCGUGUUUUAGCAAGGAGUAGCUGUCGUGCGCCCACUCUGAAUGGUGGUUAUUUCGAGCCUCAACUUGUCACCUACCCGCAUGGAACCGUUUUGGCCUACGCGUGUGAAGGUGGACGAAAGCCGGCAGUGGACGGCUGGUGGGCAACAACGGAAUGCUAUGAUGGGAACUGGUUGACUCAACCGCAAUGUAUUGAUGUCAACGAUUGCAUCCCACCAAAUACCCCGCAUGCAGAAUUCACGCAAAGCCCGGCGGGUUGGUACGAAAAUGGUUACGUGAUUUGGAUAAAGUGCGACGCCGGAUAUGAUUACAAAGACUGGGAGGCGACAGCUCAGUGCGUCAACGGAUCGUGGCUCUCUGUCCCAGUCUGUGAGCGUAAGUCGAUCCCAUUCGCCAUUCAUAUAAAAUGCAAUCCAUCCCCCCAAAAUCCCCACGGUGUAAUCAUAAAUCAGCCCCCUCAGCAGGAUGUGUAUGCUUCUGAUAUUGAAAUACUGUACGAAUGUCAAGACGGAUACAAUGUAGUGGGAGAAUAUAAAAAGUCCAUCUUUUGCAUCGGUGGAAACUGGUCGGUUCCCCCGCCUUGCAUCAAGCAAAUAAAGCCAACUCCUGGUGGCUCCACAACAUCUGCUGGUGGAAGACCAGCAGGUAGUGGACACAGUAGCUCUGGAAGAGGAAACACUGGGGGAUCUCCAACCGGCACUGGUUCAAACCAACCACAAGUUACUACCGUUGACCUUUGCGGACCGACUCCCAUCGUCCAGGGUGGUGAGAUUGUGGAACGGGAUCCUAGGUUUUUGAAAUACCAAUGUGGCAGUUUCUACAAGCGAGUGGGUCCGGAGAAAGUCUUCUGCCAAAGUAACGGCCAGUGGUCCACAACGCCCACCUGCAAAUCUACCUACUGCACUGUGGACACCUCUCAAUACCGCCACUUAAUAUAUGACGGCGUUAAAUAUAUAAACAAUGGUGAGAAACUGAGACUGGAAUGUGUGAAACUGAGCCACUGGUUUUUGGAUCAUUAUUCAGAGGUGCGGUGCAAUAACGGAAGACUUACAUUGGGGAAAUGUUGUAACUGGUUUGAACAUAAAACGAGUUCGUGUUGAAAGAUCACAAUCGAAGAUGCAUCUGGCAAGCCAGUCAAAAAGGAGGACAGUCUAAGACAGGGGUGUCAAACUCGUUUCUAUCGCGGGCCACAAUGUGUCACAAUGUCAGAGGGCCAUUUUGACUGAAACCAAGGAAAAUCUUUAAUUGACCCAUCAUAUUUACACAUUAAAUUUAUCACCUCGUUUUGGAAUCAGAAAUCAAGGGUAAUGAGUUUUUCAACUAUUGGUGAUGUUUGGGAACACAAAAAUGCUUGAAAUAUCUCAGCGUAAUCAUUUAAGAUAUGACAAUUUGAAAUUUUGUCCCGAUUUGAACAAAAAUUAUGGAAGUUGAUACACAUAAUUUGUCUUCACGGGCCGCAUCUGGCCCCCGGGCCUUGAGUUUGACACCUGUGGUCUAAAACUCUUGACGUAAAAAAAAAAACCCCAAAACAAAACACUGUGUACAACAAAAAACACUAUAAUUGUCACCAAAAUGUGUCUGGCCAUAUCUACUCAAAGCAAUUUUCACCUCUGAAAAUAAUAGGAUUGCCCCAAUAUUUCGGAUUUUAUUUAGGUUGAGGGUUUUCCUCUUCAUAAAAAAAAAAAAAGGUUAAUGUUGCGGAAAUAGGAAAGUGCUUCAUAUCUAUAAAGUCCCGAAUAUUGAGAGAAUUGUUCUAAUAUUUUCAAAGGUGGAAGGGUGCCUAUGUAGCGAUGUCCGCAUACAUUUUGAUGACGAUUAAUUGCAGUGUUGUGACACGAAGCAAUGUUAGGUAUGUUUACACCUGCCUUAAGCAUUUCAGACAGCUUUAUGAAAAACAUGGUGUAAUGUUUGAUGGACUACAGUGAAUAAAAUCCUGGUACAUAAAGUCA